AAAAAAUGUCUCGAUUUUUUCAGAGCAAUUUUAAAAUACAUUUAAAAUACAUUAGAAAAAUUAAACAAUUUUAAAUAUCAUAACAAUUCUUCUUUAUCUACAUUUCUUUUUUUUAAUUUUAUACAAAUAAUAAUUUCAUUGAGAAUGCAACAAGAAAAGAUUCCAACGAUUAUUAUUGUCGGUGCAGGUAUAGGGGGACUUUCUCUCUAUCAUGCUUUGAUAAAGAACAAGGACAAAAAAGUAUUCAAUGUAAAAAUCUAUGAACGUGAAUCUAGUCCUACAGAUCGAUGGCAAGGAUAUCAUAUAGCCUUAUCCAAUUACGGAGCUAAAUCUCUUUUGAACUGUGUUCCGUCCUCGAUCGCUUCAAAUCUUCCAAAAGCAAUGCCAAAUCCAAUUUCUGAUGUAGAAACUCAUGGAAUAACUAUCACUGAUCAAAUAGGAAAUGUUUUACUUGCCCCUCCAACUAAAUCAUUUAAAGAUGUUUACGAAAUCGCAAAAAUAUCUCGUGAAACUCAAGAAGGAGUUUGGGUAUUUUUUGAAGAUGGUUCACAAGAAUUCUGUAGUAUUCUAGUUGGUGCAGAUGGAAUUAAUUCUCCAAUACGAAAACAAAAAUUACCUGAAUUACAAAUAGUUAAUUAUGGAAUAACUCAUGUUAGUGCAGAUGUUUCCGUACCUAAACAUCUUAUGGAUAAGGUAAAUAAAAUCCAUGGAAAUGUUUUGAUCCGUAAAACUCUUGGAACAGAAGGAGAUUCAACACUCAUGAUGACACGUUUAAUACCAAUCAAACAAAAACAAAAUGAUGAGAAAAAUGAACCUCAUUAUAGGGCAACAUUAGUUUAUUCUUAUCCCUCUGAAUUGGAUAACGUUGAUGUUGAAUCUGAUAAAGUUAAAGUUGAUGAUAAUGAUCCUGCAUCAGUCAUAGAACAUGUUAAACGAUUAAUUCGAACAUUAAGACCAGAUUGUAAAUUGACUGAAUUAUUGGUAGAAUUGUGGGACUUGGCACCUAAAACAAUUCCGAAUGAUCCAAUAAAUUUUCCAUUUAAAACUUAUAAUCCUGUACAACGAAGAAUGAUGCGAGAUAUUGAUCCAAUGUCUAUUAAAUCAUGGACAGAGUUUCCUAUAUUAGGAUUAGGAGCAAAUAAUGCUAUUCAAGACGCUGAUAAACUUUCUCAAGCAUUACUUAAAUAUACGGACAAUAAUAUUUCUUUUAUUGAAGAAUAUGAAAAAGAAAUGUUAAAGCGAACAUCUGCAGAUGUAUUAAAAUCAAGAGCAGCCACAUUUAAGACUUCCAUGCCACUUGGGCCUUUUGGCCCUACUAUUUGGAUAGCAAAAAUCAAAAAUUCUACAAAAUUAAUUGGAGGUUAUAAUCCACUUGAUUGGAAUGGAGAUUGUUGGAAAAGUACUAGAGAUAGCUUUUUAUUCAGUUUUGCAGAUUGGAAAAAUAUUUCUAAUACUACAACAAAGUUAUCUUACAUUGAUGAUGAAGAUUAUGCUGUUUAUUGUAGUAAUAAUUUUGGACCACAAAUGGGUGAUUUUACUUGUAAAAUAGUCAAUAAUUGGGAAUAUUAUGGCCCUUCAUAUUACUACACUAGUUUAGAAAUUCCAGAGCAAAUUACAAUAGAAGAUUACGAAGUAUUUCAAGUAAUUAAAAAAUAGUGUAAUAUUA